CUGAGCUGAUGUUAAGUGGUCUUUCUUAACACAGAUGAGACGAAGUACAGUUUGCUUUAUGCAGUCACACUACAUUUGACACAGAAUUCUCAUUUGCCAGUUAUAUAACUGGAGCGUUCAAAUUCACACUUUGUAGCUCUGAUUAAAUUCAGAAUGUUAAGAUAAAUGCAUUGUCAUAUUUUAAUAGAAAAAAAGACAAAAAUUUCUGUGGUAAAAGUCUCUCUUAGGUCCUUUUUAAAUGUGGAGGUCAGAGGUCAACCCACACAGUGAUACUGCAACGGAGCAGGUGCUUGCUGGAACCUGGCCUGAACCCAGUCAACUACAUCCUCCCGCUGCCUCGGAGACCACAAGUUGCAGAACAGAAGAACUUGUGGAGGUCUCUGCCUCCACCUGGCGAUGGAUGGAGAGAAACGAGGAGCUUCUAGAUCCGCGUCUGUAGCUCCGGUGUGUGUGUGUGUGUGUGUCUCUCUCUCUCUCCCCCUCUCGCCAUGAAUGAAAGCCUCAUCCUCAGGUAUGCCUCCUAACCCUCAACUGCGCUCCAGCGACCGUCGGCAGCAACAACUACUACUACCGAAGCCGGCCGAUUCACUCCGUCUCUCAGUCUCGGGUGGAUGGAACGAGCACGGUACAGCCACGGGAGAAUCAGAGCUGUAAUAUAAGUGAGAACUUCAGGGAUCCAGAAGAAGUGAUUUUUAAAGAAAAAACCCUCAGCCAUGGCGACAAUCGGGGAUUUCGACCCACUCAACUCCACCGUACCUGCGACAAAGAUUGAAAUCACCGUCUCCUGCAGAAACCUAUUAGACAUGGACACCUUCUCGAAGUCAGAUCCAGUGGUGGUGUUGUAUGUGCAAGGCCUGGGGACCAAGGAGUGGAGAGAGUUUGGUCGGACAGAAGUAAUCGAUAACACGCUGAACCCCGACUUUGUGAGGAAGUUCGUCCUUGAUUUCUUCUUUGAAGAGAAGCAGAACCUUCGCUUUGAUGUGUACAAUGUGGAUACCAGGAGCUCCAACCUUUCAAAACAUAAGGACUUCCUGGGCCAGAUGUUCUGUACGUUGGGGGAGAUCAUCGGCUCGGCCGGCAGCAGGCUGGAGAGGACACUCUCUGGGAUUCCUGGGAAGAAGUGUGGAACGAUCAUCUUCUCAGCCGAGGAGCUCAGUAACUGCCGGGACAUAGCCACCAUGCAGCUCUGUGCCAACAAGCUGGAUAAAAAGGAUUUCUUUGGCAAGUCUGACCCUUUCCUCGUCUUCUACCGGAGCAACGAGGAUGGGACGUUCACAAUCUGCCACAAAACUGAGGUGAUCAAGAACAAUCUGAAUCCUGUUUGGCAGCCUUUCACCAUCCCUGUUAGAGCACUCUGUAAUGGAGACUAUGACAGGACGGUCAAGGUGGACGUUUACGACUGGGACAGAGACGGGAGUCAUGACUUUAUCGGAGAGUUCACCACCAGCUACAGAGAACUGUCCAGAGGCCAAAGCCAGUUCAAUGUCUAUGAGGUUCUGAAUCCUAAAAAGAAAGGCAAGAAGAAGAAAUACGUCAAUUCAGGAACGGUGACCCUGCUGUCUUUCAAAGUGGAGUCAGAAUACACGUUUGUCGACUUCAUCAGAGGAGGGACACAACUCAAUUUCACUGUGGCCAUAGACUUCACAGCAUCCAACGGUAACCCAUCACAGCCCACCUCACUGCACUACAUGAGUCCGUACCAGAUGAAUGCAUACGCCAUGGCUCUGAAGGCUGUGGGGGAGAUCAUCCAGGACUAUGACAGUGACAAACUCUUCCCUGCAUACGGCUUUGGUGCUAAACUUCCCCCAGAUGGCAAGAUCUCCCACGCCUUCCCACUGAACUCAAACACAGAAAACCCGAACUGUGUGGGUAUUGAUGGUGUACUAGAGGCUUACUUCCAGAGCUUGCGAACUGUUCAGCUAUAUGGCCCAACCAACUUUGCUCCUGUCAUCAACCAGGUGGCUCGGUGUGCUGCAGAAGUGACCGAUGGCUCCCAGUACUUCGUGCUGCUGAUGAUCACAGACGGUGUCAUCUCAGACAUGGCUCAGACCAAAGAGUCUGUGGUCAAUGCAGCCUCCCUGCCCAUGUCUAUCAUCAUAGUGGGAGUGGGCCCUGCUGAGUUUGAUGCUAUGGAGGAGCUGGAUGGGGAUGAGGUCAGAGUGUCAUCCAGGGGACGCUUUGCUGAGAGAGACAUCGUCCAGUUCGUACCUUUCCGGGACUACAUUGACCGUUCAGGGAACCAGGUCCUGAGCAUGGCCCGACUGGCUAAGGAUGUCCUUGCGGAGAUCCCGGACCAGCUGCUGUCCUUCAUGAAAAGUCGAGGGAUUGAACCCCGGCCCCCUCUGCCCGCCACCUCCGACUCCCCCUCAAUGUCCACAACCACCACAACCACCACUGCUGCCCCCAAGGAACGCAACAUGCACGCCUGAAAUGAGGGCAGCGAGCAGUAUGUGUGUGUUUGUGUCUCUGUGUGUACGCGUGUUGCAUGGUUUCAGGGUUGGUUGACGGGAACCAAGUCCG